AGUCUACAAGAAUACAAGAUAUUGUCAAACGUAUUACGUACCGUCGCCUACUGUCACUGGAGGAUAUGACCUUCUGAUCCUUCAAAAUGCCUCCUAUUUUAGCAUCUCCCUCGAGUUUAAAUAGGCGAAAAACAUGGAAGGAAGUUUUCUUUGAUGGUCUGCAAGUUUUUCAUUUCCUUGUAGCCAUGGGUUUUCUCUGGGCAGGAAUCGUCGAGUUCAUCAAAAAUCCUCCUUAUUUUGAUGCGUAUGGGGACGCUUCGACUCAGAACAAUCUUCCGGAGGGUUUAUUCGAGGUGAAUUUAAAAUAUAUAAUACUUUGCAUAACAUCUAAAAACUUUUAAAACGUUUAAUUUAAGAGGAUGAAGACUUGUUUUGAAUAAUGCCGCUCAUGCUACAUGUGUAAACAGGCUUCAAUGGCUGUCUCAGCUUAUCUAUCAAUAACGGGAAACUCAGACGUCUCGUUUCGUGUACAAAUGUCGACUCAUUUUGGAGUUAACAUACAAGACCAAACAGUAUGGCAGUUUAAAAUCACAAAGCUGAAGUAUAUAGGUGAAUUACAAUAAAUUCAUUCAUAUCUGAUUAAAAACUCCAAAAAACUGUUUGUGCUUGAAUUAGUUAAUUGUUGUAUUUAUUUAUUUAGUUAGUUAUUUAUCCACUAAUAGGUACUAAUUUAAUGAUGAUUAAAAACAUAUAGUGUUAGUUAAAAUAAGCGUACAGAUUUGGACAUGAUUGUAUUUGCCCAACCAUAAUUCAAUGUUUUACUUUAAUUAUAUCACUGAUUCUUCCAGUAGCCACAACAGAUGGAGCCUUCUUGCCAAUCAAGAUUUUUCAACUUUAAUUUGCUUUUAAUAGCUGGCUGUAAAGGUUUUCUUUCAUAAUACAAGGAGUACAAAAAGCAGUGGGGGAAGUGUUCUCAUUACUACCCCAGAAAUGCCAGCCUCUAGAGAUCUAAAAUCUGUAGACUCUUUCUUUUGCAUCCCCCCCCCCCAAAAAAAGAAUAUAUAUCAACGACCAAACCCCCUCCUGAUAAACAAAAAUCAAGCCAAUGUGUGAAUGUGACCAAGGACAUAUGAAAUCUUACAGGAUACACUGAUCAUCAAAAUUCACUUUUAUGAUUGUAAAUAUUGCAAAAAUAAUCUUUGUCAGCCAGAAACAUGUGGUGCAAAAAUGCCCCAGAAACUGUACCAUAAAUGAAAAAAAGGAAUAUUGGGGGGAAAUGUGCUAAAUUUCAGAGUAUAAGAGCACAGAAAUGCUCAAAAGUUGCUUUUAGCCAGGAGAUUUUGUGAUACAUGGGAGACUAGGAGAUUGAUUUUGUAGCCAUGAGAUGCCCGUAUGAUCCAGAAGGGCUGGUAAUUAUAUUCUACCCCAAGCAUUUGAGCCCCAGUGUUCACAUACAAAUUUUCAAGACUGAUCUUGAUGCCAUUUAAAUAUAUUAAUGUAUUAAUUCUUCACCCCACAGUUCUCGUAUAUGAUUUUCGUAUAUUCAGAACUUCAUCAUCAUCCUUUCACAGGUUUUAUACGGGUUUAAUACGACCAUCUAAAGGUGUAUUUUUCUACAAAUAAUUUGUCAAUUGUCAUCCACUUUGAUUACUAUAACAAUAUUAUUAUAUUUUUUCUUUCAUCAUGUUCAGACUGAUCCAAGGAAUAUCAAUAGAGAGGUGAGAAAUUGACUGUUAUUUAAUUCCUGCAGCUAUGCAAGUAUUGAGAUAAAGUUUUUGAUCAUUACUACUGUACUUAUAACAGUUAUUGUACAUUCCUAUGAACAUAUCUUUUGAAAUUCAGAUUCAUAAAUUAUAUGUCUUGUUUUUUGUUGCAGCAAGCUCUUCGCCUGAUGGAUUUCCCAAUUCUUGCCAUGCUGUUUGUAAGUACAACAUAGAUUCAACAUUAAAACCCAGGACAUUAAACUAAUCACUGGUAUCACAUAUAUGGCAGACAAAAGUCUACCAGAAGAAUGGAAGAGCCCCCGGGCACAAGUGUUCUUACAGAACUACUUCCAGAAUCAUUUGAAAUCCCUGCUUCUGAUUGGUUAUGAAAUAGCCAAUCAGUAACAGGGAAUUCAAAAACUGGUGGGACUGGUCAGUGAAAGCCAGAAGUUAAGUUAAAGUCACAAGAAGGAAAGACUGUUUUAUUUUAACCAUAACGUUAGGUGUUAGUUGUAGUAACUAUCCAUUCACAAGCAUGCAAUUAAUGGAACCCCACCUUACAGCCACCUCGGUAAUGUGGUCACCUCAUUAUUACGGCCACUUUUUUCAGGCAAAACAGCUAUACAUUUUCUUAUAAAAACCCUCAUUAAUGCAGUCACCCAUUAAAACAGCCAAUGGCCGUGUUUUAACCCCAUACAGCCACUUAAUUGAAGUUUAGAAAAUUUUAAAAACUGUGACAUGUCAAUUUCAUUGACCAAGUAAGCUGAGCCUGUUCUUGUUCUGUUAUUAGACUAAAAUUAUGCAUUUCUGGCAGUUUAAUAGCAGACUUUUAAAAGUGUUCUGUGGACUGAAGGAAAGUUUCAAGUGGUUUUUACAAUUAUUACUGUACACGAUAUCUACAUUCCAGUUGUCUAUUAAGGAGAACAGUUGUUCAAAAAGUGCGAAUGUGAUAUAUGGUGUAUUUGUUGAUUACAUGUACGGCCCUUCAUUAUGGUCAUGAAAUUUGACCCUGUCCUGGUAAUAUGGCCACACCGUUAAUGACAGCCAAAUUUUUUUUAUCCAUCGGUGACUGUGUUAAUGGCUGGGUUCCACUGUAUGUAGAUCUUGGAGAGUCAAUCACUCUCAAUGUUAUCCACUGAAGGUGUCACACUGGCUAUUUAAUUUGUUUCAUCUUUUCUUGAUACAGUCUAAUUAUAUUGCAGGCCUAUUUUGGUGUGUGCUGGUGGUUAAAGUUCCAAGGAUUAGCUUGGAUUCUUACAGCUUGCAUCACCCUUGUGUUGCUUUGUUUCUUCGUUGUCAACUUCUGGGCCACCGAUCUUUUUGAUUGGAGGUAAUAGUCUUGCAAGCCAUAAGCAAUAAUUUUGCUACUGUUGGUGACAGAAGGUCAAUCAGAAUUUCGUUUGUUUGAUGUUAAACCAGCUUAUAACUUUUAAUUUAGGCAUUGUUCAGACUUCUUCUAGGUUUCAACAUGGCAUGUGAAUGACAAAAACCAGCCAGUUAUUAAGCCUGUAUGUUCACUUGUUCACACAUCAUCAUUUUUCUUGCCCAUUAUUUGCCACAGCCUGGAGCCCAUAACCUGGAGCGAGCAAAUUCCAUCCACUCGUGUCACAUCAUUUUCAUGGACCAGUUUAUUUUUAGAAUGGUUUUGGUGCAAAUUUUGAAUAUCUUUUAAAUUCCACAAACCAGUCAGCAAAACCUACAGACCUAAAUACUGUAAAAUUCCGAAAAUAAGCCCCGGGGCUUAUAUUUUUCAAAGGCCCUUUUUGAGGGGCUUAUUUUUGGAGGGGCUUAUGUUCGGAGGGGCUUAUCUACGGAGGGAAAUUUGCAUUUCAAAAUUGAUUGGCUAGCCUUAUAGUUGGAAGUAAAUUUGCGGUUUUUGCUUUGUUUUACUUUGUAUUUGAGGGCACUUUUCCAUUUGGAGGAGCUAUUUAACGGAAGGUUUUUUGCGUUACCGGAUUGGGGGGCUUAUAUUUGGAGGGGCUUAUACAUGGAGGGGCUUAUUUUCGGAAUUUUAUGGUAUGAUAUUUUUUACCUUUUAAUAACAUUUAGUUGUCCUUUUUUAUAUCUUAUUCUUCUAAUGCGCCCAUAGACAUGGUAGAUUCUAUUUUCACAUGAAAAGGUGCCCUAAAAUGUGUCUAAAAAUAAACUGGUCCGUAAAAACGCUGUGACAUAGGCCAAGUAUGGAAUUUGCUCUCUCCAGGUUAUGGGCUCCUCCUUUUAACUUUGUGACCAUUUGUCUUUAACAUCGAAAACAAUAACUUAAACAAUUUAACCACCAUGUGGACCAAUCAGAGCUCUUGACCAGAUUCUGGAUAGAUUUUACCAAAUCUGUACAUGGAAUUUCUGUCACUGAGGAGCAGACAUCUCUGCUGCGGAACAGCCUUUAAUGGUGAGGAACAGAAGAGAUGGCUGCAUUCGCAGACUCUCUACAGUAUGAGCUGUCAACAAAAGCAGAGGUUGACAGUUUUGGAGACUUAUAACUGCCACCAAAUUUCAAAGUUUUACUUAAAUUUGACUCAAUUUUGUUUGUUGCCUAAAGAUACUGAUGCACCCUGAAAUUGCAACAGAUUUAGAGGUUAUAAGCAAAAAAAAAAUACGGUAAACACAUGCCACCUCAUACUUCUAGAAAAAUCUUAAGGUCACUUUUGGCUGAGCUUAAAUGACUAGGUGACAGUUAUCUUUGCCUUUCAUAUUUCUUGGCGAUGUAUGUGUUCCUGUAACUUAGUAAUUUAAAUUCUUUACCCAGGAGUUACAAACCAAGAAUGAAAGGACUUGAAACACAAGUGUUUACUAUUACAUUAUCCAUCACUGCAACUUUUAUGGUGUUGUUUUAUAAGAGGAGAAAAAUGCCAUUUAAAUUCAAGGUAAUAAUAGAGACUGGCCCAUUUUGUCAAAUUGGACUAUAGGACUGUUUUUUGGGGGGGAGGGGGUUGGGGGUGAAUUUUGACCCAGGUGCAAAUUGUUAUGUACUAAAUGGCCAAUAAAAUAAGCAAUAGUAUCCACAAAGCAGCUGUCCCAUUAGUAUAAUAUUGUACUAUGGGACUGCUUUGGAGAUGCUUUUAGCUUCUUUGAUUGGCUAUUACUCAAAAGUUAAUUUGCGUCUAGGUCGAUGUUGUCUUGGAUAUUAAUUUUAUUCCACAGAACAUUGACCCACCAAUGACAGUUAGAGUCUUUGUGUGGUCUUUAACAUCACAACUUAACUAAAAGACGACCCAUAACAUUGCAACCUAAUUGACCUAUCAGGUAGAUAACCAGCGUUUAAUACCAUCUACUGACGUCAUAUAACUCACUUUGACUCUGAAGAGACUACCGCACAGGUUUUGAAACGUCAGUCACUGUUAGCAACAGUCUUAUUCAGGACUACACCCACCCGGACGAUCCUGCUCCACCUACUUAUGAAAUUGUUGCGGUCUGUUGCACAACCUCAAAAUGGCUUUUUCAAUAAGCAAAAUAAUAAAUGAUACUAAUCAAAUGUGACUUAUUCAACAGGCCACUCUACCAAUCAGACCAUUUGGGAAAAUCCAUGUGUUCUGCAACUUUGCAGUGAUCUUUGUGAUAGUCUACUUCUGCCUGAUGAUGUGGUUCUCUAAGCUGUAUGUGUCUUGGGCCUACUUCAACAACUCCAAGGAAGUUUUAGAGUUAUGCCAGAGCACAAACAUGGUGAGCUUUUUCACAAAACACACUGAUGCAGCUUACUGACAAAAAAUUUUAAAAACUCAAAAUCUCUACACUUGUCCCCUGGCUUAUAACUUCUCAUACAGGCAUUGGAGAGAGCUUAUGACAGACAAGAAGCUUCAAUAAAUUGCCUGUAGUAAUCAGAUAUUACCCACCCAGCCCAUGAAAGGUUGAUCAAACCACUGGGAUCUACAUCCCCUACUCUUUAAAAAUGGUCAACAGCAGUGUGGGUUCUUUUGUCCCAUGACAAAAAGAGCUGUGAGAGGGGGCCUACUGUAUUUUGUUUUAUCUGAAAAGAUUUGAAUCCCUAACCACUUGUACAUGUUAGAAGAAAGAUAGUCCAUUAAGGCAGAACCUGUUUGAAGGGUUUGAACCCAUGACCUACUGCUCAGCAGACUGGGGCUUAAAUCCAAAUUUGAGUUAACCAGGCGGCAGUUCACAAACUUGAAUUAAAAAACUUAUCAAUAAUUCUUAAAGAAAAAACAAAAGAAAUUUAUGUAAUAAUGAGUGUCUUUAUAUCUAGUAAAGACAUGGCUAAACUUUACGUCCAGUUUUUUUAGACCAAAAUAACCCCAUAUCUAUGUAAAUAUUAGAGCAAGAAUGAGUUGAUCUAUAUCAGAGCUUUCUAUGCCGUUCAAAAAACUCCCAGUCAUGUAUUAUCAGGGGCAAAAACUCUUGGCUUCGCCUCCAUUUUUGUAAACCGGAUAAUACACUCCUGCUCAUUUUUUAAACAGUAAAUUUUCCACUUAUCCUCUUUAUCUGACAUUUAGGUUCAGUGCUAUCCCUGUGACAAACCGGACUUUGAUGGAAUGAAAGAAUGUGUGAAGGAGAAACACCAGUUGUUUCACUGCCAAGAUAUUCAAAAAGAACAGGUCAGGAAAAGGUUAAAGGAAAAUAAUGAUCUUAGCAAUGAUUUAGGGCUGGAAAAUCUUUAAAAGUUUUUUUUGAUUUUACAUUGUCAAGAAUAUUAUUGUCAAGAUAUUUAUUUAACGUUGCUGUGAUUUCCCCUCAGGGCGCCUUCUGCUUAUUCAACUAUAAUCUGAGUGUGUUUGUGUUCCUCACAGGUACGCUUUAGCUACACCACUUGAUUUAAUUUAAUGUUAAAAAAAAAACAGGCCUGCAUUUUUUUUCAGUUACAUACUAAGUAAAAAGCUGUAGCGCCGAUCAGGGGACGUUGUGUUUUGCAUUUGAAAGAUUCUAGCUAAGUUUAGUCCUUUUAAUCCUUUUCUAUCAAAUCUCCAAACAGGGGCGGAUCUAGGGGGAGGGUGCAGGGGGUGCGCACCCCCCCCCCCCCCCUCUGAGAUGACCUGCUGUUUUCUAAUACAACUGGUAUUCUGCAAAAAAAAAUAUGUGGUUUAUUGGUGUUGAAGUAGAGCAAGAGACGAGAGCACCCCCUCCUAAAAAAAUCCUGGAUCCGCCCCUGCCAAAUGCGUCUCGCGAAAUGCCUCCUCCAUUUGCGGGAAAUUGAACUCUCACGAAGAUCAAAAAUAAUAUAGAAAGGAAGACGUAAAUGUUGAGAAUCAAGUUCCUGUUGUUUAAUCUCCAUCAGCUUAACAGCAAAAUGCUAAGGACAACUACUCAGUACCGUACCCAAAAAAAGACUGUUCAGGUCAGGAAAUUAGUCUUACAACAACAACAACCUUUAUUUGUACUCACUCUUGCUCAAAAGUAAAUUACGACAAUGAAAAUAUCAAAAGUAAAAAUUAGAGUACUGGCUGCCUGGAAUAACCAUGGGGCUAGCGGAGUUGAAAGGAUUGUCCAAAGCUCAGAAAGAAAACUUGCACAUCGCAUUUUUAUUUUUAACUCCUGUAGUGAUUCUCGUUUUGUUGAUUUAUUUUCCAGUAUUCGCCUAUGUUGGUGGCCUUGUGGUGUUCCUCAGCAAUUUCUUCAAAAUUGUGAUUCACUACACGUUUAGAGCGAUCUUCCUUUUUAUUCACUGGUGUCACGUUACAUUUGGAGCAAGGGAAGGGCACAGGACCAGCAUGGAUCUGCCGGAGAUUGUUUCCGUUAAUUCUAAUUUUAACGUGUCAAUACAAGAACCAUUCCAAUAUGUCGAAAGGAAUCAAGAGAAUGAGACUGAAAUUACAGACGAUAAUCUACAUUGUCAUUUAAACUCAAGCAUUGAGACGUGCAACAAUGUGGAGGAAGGGGACUCGCUUGUCGAUGCAAUGAUUGCGUAGCAGAUAUUGCACAAAUUGGUUUACAAGUAUUUUUGUAAAUAUAUCAAUAGCUAAUUUUUUUAUCUAUCAUAUUGCUAUUUUAUUAGAAGACAAAGGGUGACGGUAGAAAAGUUAUAAAAUUCUUCACUUUACAAAUUAUCGAGGAAGAAAAGGUACAAGCUGUCUUUGUAAGGACUGGUUAGUGAUUGCCGUUGGAUACCGCUAUCCAACCGUUCAUCAUCAUCAUCAUCAUCAUCAUCAUCACCCUCAUCGGUCGACCGAAGAGCAGUCGGCUGCAAGUCGUCUCCAACUGGCUCGGUCUUGGGCCCAGCUGGUUCGGUCUUGAGCAGUGCGCAGGAUGUCAUCCAAUUACUAUCCAGUCGUAACUGCUGCUUGUCGGUCCACCCAAACAAUCCCAAAACGCGUUGCUCCGAGAGCUUAUACCUAUUCUUCCCGUAGUUAUGGAGUGGUAAAUUGUUCUCCCACGUAGCGCUUUAUGCAGACGUCAUGUACGGAUCCCAUAUGAAAGCUCAAUCGAAAAGACUUCAAGUUGGGUUUUCUGGGAAACUGCCCACCUCCCCUCUCCGAAGUCAACGUUUUGUGCCGAGUGAGAAGUAAGUGUUAUUGUUGGCUUAGGGGAUGGGUAGGUGGGAAGUUUCCCAGAAAUUGAUCCGAGACUUUUAUUAUUCGUUACUUUUGACAAUUACUAUCAUUGCCUUUCAAGACAAUCAUCUAUGAUCUUUCGUAUUUCGGAAUAAGCUUUUAAAAUAUACGCACACAUUAAAAAAGAGUCUCAUUUUUAAAUCAGUGUAAUUAAAAAAUAUCACAACCCUAGGCAUACAAAUUAAGUCGUCUAGAAACCUUGUUACUGAAGAUUACAGAGAACACUAUUACCAUGAUAAUAA